AUGACUGAGCCCAAGUCAUUGUUAGCGGAACGUGAGAGGGCGAAUAGACACACGAAGACUGAGUUGAAGUGUGUGAUGGAUAGGGUGGGCAAGGUGAGCAAGGGCAGAACCACACACGCGCACGGUUUGAGCUGCAAAGAAGGCUUUGGCGUUGGCUCUCCACAGGAAUUGUGGCGAAAAAGAAGCCUCCAGCAGUUGGAUGCCACAUGCACGCUUUGCCUUCUCGGUGGGAACCAUCACUGUGCUGUGACAGUUCGGCUGGAGAUGGAUUUCAUGCGGAGACGCUUGAGCUUGCGGCGUGAAGCAAGUUUGGCGCAGGAGCCGGGACAAGUAGAACUCGUGUCCGAAGGAGGUGGCGGAUCGCCGAUGCCAGCGUCCAUUGUGGGAAAACAGAGCCUGGCUGGGCUAAAGACGGACGAAGAGUACUUGGCAGAGUUGACAACAACUUGCAAGAAGAAGGCUGGUGACUUUGAAGAUCGGCAAAAGCUGCGGGAUGAGGAGCUCGUGGCCAUUGGCGAGGCCGCCAAGGCCAUCUCGGAGAUCACCAGCAGCAGCCUGGUCCAGAUGAAGGCAAAGCAGGCGUCGAAGAGCACGGUCCUGGCGCAGCUGCGGAGCGAGGUCCUGAGCCCGGUGCAGGCACAAGUGGCUCGAUUUCUGCAGCGUGAGGCCACCCAGAUCAACAGCCGGGUCCUCUCAGCGCUGGCGGAGCGUGCCCUUGCGGAUCCCAUGGGCAAGGUCAAGAAGAUGAUCGAGCAGCUCAUCACACGUUUGGAGGAGCAGGGCCAGGCGGAGACCACCAAGAAGGCUUGGUGCGAUUCCGAGAUAAGCACCAACAAGCAGACGCGUGAGGAGAAGAGUGAUGCUGUGAGUACACUCCAGGCAGAGAUGGAUAAGCUUCAGGCGGAGCUUGAGAAGCUGGACGAGGACACCACGGGUCUCGCCAGCGAGCUCACUGAGCUCGAGGCUGCGGUCUCCCAGGCCACUGAGCUUCGUGCGAAAGAGAAGGAGAAGAACGAGGCCAACUGGAAGGAAGCCAAGGCUGGCCAGGAGGCCGUGGCCAAGGCCAUCCUUGUCCUCAAGGAGUUCUACGCCAAGGCUUCCAAGCCCUCGUUGCUGGCUACAAGUCGGACUUCGACCUCGCGACUAAGAGACGCGCCAGAGGUCUUUGGCGAUGAGGCAUACCAAGGUAUGAAGAACACCAAAAGCGGUGUGAUCUCCAUGUUGGAGGUCAUCGAAGGUGACUUCAGCCGCUUGGAGGCGGAGACCACCAUCGGCGAGGCCGCAGCGGCGAAAGAGCAUGAGACCUUUGUGGAGGAGUCGAAGCUCACAAAGGUUGAAAAGUCCAAGGAAGCAGAGCAUAAGAAGUCCCGGAAGCAGGAGAAAAGCUCUGAGCUUUUGAGUCUCAAGGCAGAUCUGAGGGGCACCGAGAAGGAGCUGGAAGCUGCGGAGUCCUACUAUGAGAAGCUGAAGCCUGAUUGUUUGAAUGAUGGUAUGUCCGCGGCGGAGCGGAUCGCCCAACGCGAGCAGGAGAUGAAAGACUUGAAGGAGGCUCUCGAGAUGCUGAGCGCGGCCGUUUGA